UUCUCCGGCCGGCCACGCAGCGCCCAUCCCUUUUCCUGUACCUCCUUUAACCUUUAUGCUCUUCCUCCAUUUAGAUAUUUGGAGAUAUUUCUUCUAUCUAUCUACCUGACAGAGUCAGGCAGAGUUUGCAGCGACAUCGAUGGCGGCGGCGGCGAGCGUGGGCGGUGGAGCGGCUGGGGUGGCGCCGUUCGUGUGGAAGACGUACCGGAUGGUGGAGGACCCGGGGACGAACGGGGUCAUCGGCUGGGGGAGGGCCAACAACACCUUCGUCGUCGCCGACCCCUUCGUCUUCUCGCAGACGCUCCUGCCCACCCACUUCAAGCACAACAACUUCUCCAGCUUCGUCCGACAGCUCAACACAUAUGGAUUCCGCAAGGUGGAUCCGGACCGGUGGGAGUUCGCGCACGGCUCGUUCCUCCGGGGGCAGACCCACCUCCUUCGCAACAUCGUCCGCCGCGGCACCGCCGUCGGCGGCGGCGGCAAGCGCAAGGACCCCGCGGCGGCGGGGGCCGGCCUCACCGACGACGACAUGACGAUGGUGGCCACGGAGGUGGUCAGGCUCAAGAAGGAGCAGAGCACCAUCGACGACCGGGUCGGCGCCAUGUGGCGCCGCGUGCAGGAGACCGAGCGCAGGCCCAAGCAGAUGCUCGCCUUCCUCCUCACCGUCGUCGGCGACCGCGACAUGCUGCAGCGCCUCGUCGCCGGCGGCGACGGCGACGGCGACGGCGACGAGGGUGCGGACGCCGACGGGCUCGACUGUGAUGGCCAGGAGCAGAUUUUGGGCGGGGAGAAGAGGCCCAGGCUGCUUGGCGACGGCGAAUUCGGCGACGUCACCGCGUUCGGGCCCGACGCCGUCGACUUCGCCGGGUUCUACGGCGGCGGCGACGCGUUCGCCAACGUGGCUGUGGAGGCGGCCGCCGGGUCAGGCGUCGGUGGUGCGGUGGGCUCGUUUGGUUUUGGACUGGGCCAUGGGUACUGACGUCCGAAUGAAAAUGUUUCGACUUGGGCUAAUUGUUUCCAUCGGGAGACCGACCCGCUAUCUUCCCUGUUCGGAAUGGGGCAGGGCCCAAGGACAUUACAAAUUUUCCAUGCAUAUCGUUGA